AUGCCAGAAAUUGGACCCCACUACUUCGUGUCCGUAACUCUUGCGGUCCCUGCAACGGUGCUGUCGAUCCUGAGCACGAUCACGGCCCUGAAAUCCCCGAUGGCCGAUGCCAUCCCCACGUCGCUUAGGAAUCCCUCUCUCGAGUCACUGCUAUUAGCAAUUGGUCUUAUCAACGUGCUCUUCAUAUUAGUGAUGCUCUUUGUUAGCCUUAACUUUGUCGGCAACAGACGUCUGCAGGAAUCUUACUGUGGGUGCGUCUUCAUGAUUGUCUUUGGAGUCUGCUUCCUGGUUUUGCUUUUGGUCGUGAACGUCCAAGCAUUGCGGUACGAAGGUCAAAUCGCGAGUUAUCCGGAUGCAUUUCGCGAUAAAUUUAACGAGAUCAUCUGCGACCUGCGGAUCUCUGAGGUUUGUGCAGCUGGGGACAACUUCGACAAAGUGCUCGUGGCAGUGUCAUCUACAGCCAACCCAACAUCGAGAGUACAGGCCUCGACACACGCGCGAGACUACUGCAGCCUCGAGUUUCUGCAUGGCCUUGACUCGUUAGAGUUCGAUUGGGACGUUUUGGACUCUUUCAUUGUAACUCCAGUAGUUGACAAGUGGUGCGGAAGUUACGCGUUGGGUCUCCCAACAAACACACCCUCGCCGUCCUCGCCAGUCUCAAUGAAUCCGGCCAAGUACCAGUGGAUGCUGACGAAGCCGCUCAAGCGCGUGAGGACAAUGAAGAAAGCUGGCGGUGAAUUUAGACCGGUGAAGGACGAGCUGACGCAAGAACUGGCAGCCUAG